AUGUUCAACGUGGCCUCGUGCAUCAUGGUAACCCCCGUGAGCUACCACGGCGGCGUGAGCCACAAGCCGGUCAUCCUGGCCGUGGGCGCACUCACCCUGUCCCUGGGCUCCAUAGUCUUCGCCUCGCCCCACUUCCUCGCCCCGCCCAACAUCGCGGUCGGUGAGGAGCGCCUUAACAUCUGCCCCAUCGGCGGACCAAGAGUCUGCGACGACGUGGGCGCCGGCACCGCCUCCACGGGGUUCGGCGUGGGCAGCAUGGGCCUGAACAGCUUCAAGUACUUCUUCAUGGUGGGGCACGCGCUUCACGGGGUCGGUUCGUCGCCCUUCUACACGCUGGGCGUCGCUUACCUGGACGAGAACACGCCGACAUCUCGCACCUCCAUCUACAUCGGCAUCUUCUACGCCACGUCUGUCCUGGGGCCUGCAAUGGGUUUUCUUCUCGGUGGAUAUUUUCUAUCCAUUUACACCGACCUCAACGUGGACUCCAACCGACUUGGCAUUUCCACGGUGAGCAGUGGUUGGAUCGGCGCCUGGUGGUUGGGUUUCUUCGGCGCUUCCAUCGUGGCGUUUGUGACAGCGCUUCCCGUUGCCAGCUUUCCCAAGGCGUUACCCGCCGAGACAGAGAGGAAUGCUCCGACCGACGCCGGGGGCGGGAACCAAAAGAACACCGAUUCCCGGGGUCGCUUCUCUGCUCCGACAAAGAGGAGCUUCGUGAACCAUAUCAAGAGGCUGUUCUGCAACGGCACCUACGUCUGCCUCACCCUCGCCGCGGCCUCGGAAACAAUGAUCGCUUCAGGACUUACGGGGUUCGCCACGAAGAUAUUCAUCACUAUGUUCGGUCUUUCGUCAACGCAAGCCUCGGGACUCUUAGGGGCGGUGUCUGUCCCGAGUGCUUGCGGUGGUGCCCUUCUCGGCGGCUACAUCAUCGCCAGGCUCCCCGUGAAGUCUUCGACGAUUGUCCGCUUUUGUGCCAUACUGUCACUCGUGCCCUGGUUCACCAUCUUCGUCUUCAUGCAUAGCUGCCAGAGCACUCAGCACGCCGCGACCACCCUGACAGCCCUACGCCAUAAGUCUGCACGGCUAACGGCCAAGGACCUGGAAGAACCGUGCAACGCCCACUGCAACUGCUCCGACGCGCUGUACGAUCCGGUGUGCGGCACGGACAAUCUCACUUAUCACUCCCCGUGCGUGGCCGGCUGCUCCACAGUGAAGCACCUGCCGCACACCCAGGGCAUGACGACGUGUAUUUCUGUCACGGCGACGCAGACCUACGAGCAUUGCACGUGCAUCAACGGUCCCACGGUGCAAGCGAGCUUCGACGACGACCAGCCGCCCACGUACUACAUGGCGAAGCGAGACCCGUGCAUCGCCGACUGCGGCCUCAUCUUCGUCUACGCGGCGGCCAUCUUCAUCGCCCUCUUCUUCACCUUUCUGCUAAUCGUGCCCGCUCUGACUGCCAUGCUCAGGAGCCUCGAGGAAGACAUCAAGUCCACGGGAAUAGGCAUUAACUACGUCUUCAUCAGACUGCUGGCGACCAAUCGAAAACGGUGCAGUCGUAUAUACCUCCUCUGCUCGGGUGCAGGCACCAUUCCGGGCCCUAUCUUGUUCGGGUACCUGAUCGACACGAGCUGUCUCCUGUGGGAGGACAGAUGCGGCCGGUGGGGCUCGUGCGCCAUCUACGAGAACGCCGUGAUGGGCAUGAACAUCUUCCAGUUCAUGAUCAGCGUCAAGUCCGCCUCCAUCGUCUUCUUCUUCUGUGCCUCGAUCGUCAGCUCCGACGAGAGGCCGCAGCAGGACACCCGCGGGACGCCCAGCGACUCGUCCGGGACGUCGGCGCCUGCUCCGUGA